AUGGCCGGGCGGCUCGGAGCCUCGGCGCUGGCCAUUGACACGGAGGAGCUACCGCUGGCGAUGCUUCGGGAGGCCUUCGAGGCGCAGCAGGCCGCCGGGCGCGUCCCCGCGGCCGCCGCGCUCGAGGCCCGCGUCGGCGACGCGCGAGAGGCGCCGCUGCAGGACGCCGACGUCAUCGUCGUCAGCGACCUGCUCUACAACGCCGAGCUGGCGAGGACCGUCGGCGAGCGGAUCGGUCAGGCCGCGCGGCGGGGCCAGCACGUUGUCGUGACCUGCGGCGGCCGGUCCGGCAGGGCGGCGUUUGUGGAGGCCUUCUCCGAAGCGGUGGGGUCCCCAGGCUUCUUCGAGGACACGCCGGUGCCCGCGUGGGCGCCGGAGCGCCGCGACCUCUUCGACGGGGGUGCCACGUCUGCUGUUGGUGUGUUGCGCUAUUAG